AUUUGUUUGCUUCACACUACUCUUUCUUAAGCAUAACAUUUUAUUCUAGACUUUGGGUUAAAAUGUAUCAUUUCAAGCAGUUAUCAGGCUGUCCUGGUAGAUACGAGGCUGAAUGAGUGCGUUCAGUGCAUUUGUACUUCAGCCACGUCUUUUAAAGUCCAUUUCUUUCUUGUUUUGAAUUUGGUCUCAUUGGUUUCUUUCUGCAAAGCAAUCGUAACAAAGAUUUUGUCUCAUGGCGGUCCUUUUGAGAUCUUAUCAGGCGCUGAUGGCCAAACGUCCAUGGACAGUGCAGAUUCUAACUGCUGGCUCUCUGGUGGGAGUGGGCGAUGUCAUCUCCCAGCAGCUGAUUGAAAAGCGUGGACUGGCCAAUCACAGCAUGAUACGUACCGCCAAGAUGAUGAGCAUUGGCUUCUUCUUUGUUGGUCCAGUAGUGGGCGGAUGGUACAAGGUACUGGACAAACUUGUCACAGGCGGUACUAAAAGUGCAGCAUUCCAAAAAAUGCUUGUUGACCAGGUGUGCUUUGCACCAUGUUUCUUGGGUGCAUUCUUAGGAAUAUCUGGAGCUCUAAAUAGACUGACUAUGGAGGAAAAUGUAGCCAAGCUCAAGCGGGACUACACGGACGCCUUGAUCUCCAAUUACUAUCUUUGGCCACCAGUGCAGAUAGCCAACUUCUAUUUCAUUCCUCUCCAUCACAGGUUGGCUGUUGUUCAGAUUGUAGCUGUUGCUUGGAAUUCUUACCUCUCCUGGAAAGCCAACAAGAUGUAAUGAGAUGUUCCAAAUCUACUUCUACCUCACACAUGGGAACAUACUGCUCUGCUCUAUUCUAUUUUUAUUUGUUUUUUUUUAUUACCUUCAAAUAAAUAUAGGAACAGACUCAUCCAGUGAUACAGUGUGUAAAGUUUGCAAAGGCCAAAGAUUACCAUCAAUAAACUUUUAAAGAACUAAUAUUCAAUUAAGCUGAAUUAUAUAUUCUAAUAUUUUGUCAUUCUGUAAAGAAUGUAUAUGUCAGUAUUUAAUCAAUAUAUUUUAUAAUGAAUUACGUCUUACAAUAUGGUUUCUCAUUUGUCCA